GUCGAGCGACUUGACCUCCCUGCGUCGUCGCCGUCCGGAUGGCCACCGGCCCCUCCGACCGCGCCGAGGCUGCCACCUCCCGAUGCGCCCCCAGGCCCGCCUUCCCGCCCUCGUCGGCCGGAUGGAGUUUGCCGGCGAGGACGCCAUCCGCCCCUCUCCUUCGAGCUCUCCCUCGACGACGCCUCCCCAAUUACAAGAGGGCCACCAGCAUCCACACCCUCGUCCGGAUCGAUCGCGAGUCCGCGGUCAAUUCCCCCAAUUUUUCCAAUGGGGAGGGACACGUGUGUGAAGAGAAAUACAUAGAGCGCCCGAGAAGGAGAGAAUGGCCAUAGCACAGUUCUUACUUCUGCUGACUAUCUCGGCAACAGCGUUUCCACUUCAUGCGCAGCCAGGCAAUACAAUAACACCAAGUAAAUCCAUCGUGGAUGGCCAAGCCUUAAUCUCUUCGAAUGGAGCCUUUGAAAUGGGAUUCUUUAGUCCAGGUAAUUCAAAGAACCGAUACUUGGGAAUAUGGUAUAGAAACAUCCCGGUUCAGACCGUAGUAUGGGUUGCCAAUAGAGACUCUCCUCUCAACAGCUCUACUGGAGUUUUGAAUCUCACCUCCAAUGGAAAUCUCAUCCUUCUCAAUGACAGUGGAUAUGUCUUAUGGUCAACGAGCACAUCAAAUGUAACAAAUCCCACUGUGCAGCUCUUAGACUCAGGAAACCUCAUCUUGACCAGAGGGACUUCGAAGAGCAUAUUGUGGCAGAGCUUCGAUCAUCCAUGUGAUACUCUUCUACCAGGCAUGAAGCUUGGAUGGGAUUCCAGUACUAAUUUUAAUAGGAAUCUUACAUCAUGGAGGGGUGCUUCUGACCCUUCUCCAGGAGACUACACCUACAAGUUCGAUAUCCAUGGAGUAGCAGAAAUUUUUCUAUGGGAAAAGUCUGCUCGAAUCUAUCGCAGUGGACCCUGGAACGGACAAUGUUUUAGCGACAUUCCUGAGAAUACUUUGUUCAGAUCUCAGUUCAUUUCCACCCGGGAUGAGGAUUAUUUUACCUAUGAAGUGUUGGACAGUUCUGUGAUAUCAAGAGUUGUGCUGACCAAGGAUGGAGUAAUUCAUCAUUUCAAUUGGGAUAAUACAAGCAAUGAUUGGAGCGAUUACUGGUAUGUUCCAAAAGACCCAUGCGACAAGUACGCUUAUUGUGGGGCUAAUGGUGUUUGCAAUGCCAGUUACUCAACAUCUUGCCAGUGUUUAAAGGGAUUUGAUCCAAAGUCUACUAAACAUUGGAAUCAAAGAGUAUAUUUGGGUGGUUGUGUGAGGAAAACACGUUUAGAUUUCCAGUCAGAUACGUUUUCUGACUUGCAAAAUGUGAAGUUGCCUGAUACAUCGAAUGCCACUGCAGACAGUGACAGAAGUCUUGAUGAGUGCAGAGAGUGGUGCUUGAAGAACUUCUCCUGUGUAGCCUUUGCUAUGAGUGGAGAAAGUGGAUGUCUGACAUGGACUGGUGAUCUGGUAGAUAUCAUAGUAGUUAAUGAAGGAGGGGAUGAUUUAUUUUUUCGGCUUGCGGCUUCUGAAUUAGACACAAAAAAGGGUGAUUCUAGUAAGAAGCAGCAUGCAGUUGCCAUUGUUAUUCCCUUAUUAUUGGGCUUUCUCUUAUUUGUGUUCCUUGGACUAUUUAUAUUAAAGAAGAAGAGAAAACAAGGUAUGUUAACUGAUUCCUGCUCCAAAGAAAGCAGAGGGAAGGAGCUGGAAUUGCCUUUAUUUGAUAUGUCUGUGAUAGAAAGUGCUACCAAUAACUUCUACUUCAACAAUAAACUUGGAGAGGGUGGGUUUGGCCCUGUUUAUAAGGGCCAGUUGAGAGAUGGGCAAGAGAUUGCUGUCAAGAGGCUGUCUAAGGAUUCUGUGCAGGGUUUGGAUGAGUUCAAGAAUGAGGUUAUGCUGAUCGCCAGACUUCAACACAGAAACCUUGUUAGGCUUCUUGGUUGCUGCAUCCAACGUGAGGAAAGAAUGUUGAUAUAUGAGUACAUGCCAAACAAGAGCUUGGACACCUUGAUCUUUGAUAAAACAAAAGCUGCAUUGUUGAGUUGGCAAAAGCGUCUUGACAUCAUUCUUGGAAUUGCUCGAGGACUUCUUUACCUUCAUCAAGACUCUAGACUGAAAAUAAUUCAUAGGGACCUGAAAGCUAGCAAUAUUCUGCUCGAUAAGGACAUGAAUCCCAAAAUUUCAGAUUUUGGCACUGCAAGAAUUUUCAGAGGAGAUCAAAAUCAAGAGAAUACAAGGAGGGUGGUUGGGACAUAUGGUUAUAUGUCGCCUGAGUACGCAAUGGAUGGCAUCUUUUCAGUGAAAUCUGAUGUCUUUGGCUUUGGAGUUACGAUACUGGAGAUACUGAGCGGUAAGAAAAAUAGAAUGGUGAAGCAAGUGGAACCCCAUUUAAAUCUUUUGGGAUAUGCAUGGACACUAUGGAAGGAAGAUAGAUGCUUGGAGCUACUUGAUGAAGCAAUAGAAUGUUCAUGCCCCGUGUCUAAGGUAAUGCGAUGUAUACAAAUUGGCCUCUUGUGCGUGCAAGAGGGAAGCAAAGAUAGACCAACAAUGGCAGAAGUAGUUCUUAUGUUGAGCAAUGAAGGGGUGGCAUUACCACAGCCUAAAAAGCCUGGUUUCUGCAUAGAAAGGACUUCCACUGAGCAACAUCAGAGUACGGUUCCUGAGAUCACACAUACACUGUUUGAAGGCCGAUGAAACACUGACCUCAACAAGUACAUUUCUGUUUGGCAAAUUGGCACUCCUGCAGCUUAAAGAUAAGUUGGUUUCAUUGGAUAGAGAUGGACUAUCAAAGUAAACCUCGAAAUUCAGUUUGUAUAUUGGCCAUUCUUAAAUCUGUAAGAGGAUCCGGCAGCAUAAAUGCCUGACUUCAUAAGAUUAAGAUCUAUGGUUUCUGUCCGAUACCCUGGUUGAUUGCUGAAGUCUGAUAUUAUGAAGUCUAAGCCCUGUUCUGUUGGACUAGC